AUGCACGAGGCCAUAUUCGUGCAGGCACGGGAGCGCGGCGUGGUCAUAGACGAGGCCUUCCGCGAGCUGGCGACCUAUCUGCUCAAGCGCAUUGCCGUCGGCGGGCUGUCGGGCGCCGUGUCCGAUAUUUCAGAGGCCGUGGCGGCGGGCGCGGAGGGGGAACAGGGCGCACGCGCACAGGGGAGGCAGAGAGCCGGCGCAUCGGCCCCAAGGGAUGGGUCGCGUCUGCCGUCGGAGGCGAGCACGAAUACGUUUUCGUCGGGGCGCCAGUUCUUCGCGGGCGCCCCGGAGGAGCGCGCAGAGUCUAUUGCUAGUGCGGGUUUGCCGGGCGGGGCCAUGGGCGUUAUUCAAAUGGCGGCGCCAGAGCCACCCAAAGCGGCAUAUGAGGAUUUGAAGGCGUUUAGGAGAAAGCUUAGUAGUCGCGUUAAGCAAAGAGAAAAGGGGAAGGAGCCGCCGCCGACAUGACGGUCACGGGGAACGCAUCUGUAUUGAGGUCGAGUCCUGCGUAUGAAGGCGAACAGUUUGGGAGGAAAAUUGUAUAAAAACGCAACGAGUUAAGACGCCCAUUCAAGGUUGUCGCGUACGCAAA